AUAAAAUGUGCCGCUGAUGAAUGAGGGAUAGAAGGCUAAAAAAGAAAUGAUACAAAGGAAGAACAGCUUGUUUUGUAGCCUAUGCUUGACUCUCUUUUCAGUUCGAUACCCCUUUUGAAGAAGGUAAAACUGAUAGAACUGAGAUAUUUGAGCAGCUACAAGAGCUGUCAAACUCAAAAACAAACACUAAAAUGAACAAAAACCAUAAAAUUUUAACCAUAUUUCAAAAAACAAACACCAACGAUGCCGGGGAAAUAUUCCUCCCUCAAACCUCCCAAAUCGUCCUCGGAGACUUCAGAAAAUAAAUUUUGCUCAAAAGCAGACGCUGUAAUAAAAGAUGAAGAGACGUCGUAUGGGCACUCUUAUCGUUUUGGAUCUGAAAAAUAUUAUUCUUAUACAGAGUAUCUCUCAGCUUAUAUGGACAGAGCCCUGAAGUUUUUCAUCUUACACGCUUUUGAGAGAUAUUGAGAGGUGUGCAGAUAUGUCACUGGUGGAUUUGUUGAUAGGAUACCCAACUACAAGACGAAUACUUACUUCUACAUGCAUAAAUCUGAGUUGUAUGAAUACCAAACCUCUUCAUAUAAGAUUGCCCUUUACAAAUGUAAAGAACUUAAAGAACAAAAUUAUGAGCUCAUAGUAACACCAGAACAGCUGGAGUUCAUCAAAGCAUAUCUGAAAGAGAAAAUGGAUGAUUUUAUAAUUAAUAAAGGAUGAUUUGAGGUCAAAGAACUUAAGGCUAUGCUCGAUGAACUAGAGAACCAAGAUGAAUACUCUAAUUUCAAGUCUUAUGAUCAGCUAGAUCAAGUAGAUCUCCUUGAAGGAGAAGUAAGCCACGAAGUGAAAAUCCUCUUUGAGAAACUUCUCGAUGUUAACUUUCCUGACCAUUUACUAUAUCUUUACAGCAGAAAAAUGCAGAUUUCAGAAGAAGAAUCUUUCAUAAUCUUCAUUGAGUACCUCAAAUUUCUUAUCCUAAAAUACCUAAACCCUGACGCAGACAUCGUCCCUAGCUUCAGAAUCGACCAAUUCUGGAGGGAUCAUUUCGUCCUGACCAAAAACUACCGCGACAUAUCUCUCAACAUAUUUGAAUCUGAAAGUAUUGUUCUCUACUCUCAGACUACAUCGUCAGAUUUUCCUCAGAAUUAUGAAAAGAUCCUUGAUCUGUACCAGGAGACUUUCGGGUGUGCCCCUCAUAAGUAUGUUUGGGGAUCUGCUCCUGAUGAACAAAGUUUUUAUGACCAGGAUUUCUUGUACGUUAAUACUUUGAGAUUAGCUGUUUAUACGGUGUAUGAGGAGAAUGCCACUGGAGUUUUUGGGGAAGGAUCAGUGGUAGCGAAGGAAUGUUGGGAUUUACCCCUAUCCACAUUCCAUUCCUCUCCUUCCAAAGCAACCAUUCUGCACGUCCCUUCCGCAGCCCUGCUUGACCGUCACGCCCGGAACCGUACAGAGCCUUCCCCUUGGAAGGAUCUGUACGAGCCUUGUGAGUGACCACCACAAGUGUUUUGUAAAGGCUCGCCAAAAUUUUUGGAUUUGCCAGUGAUCAAUGGAAAAGAAGGAGCAGUGAUCGAUGUUGGGUCUAAAAUAUGCUACCCUUUAAAAUGACACUUGAAGGCAAAGAAAUAUGCACCAGAUCAGCCAGUGGUCGACGUAGAGAUGCAACUAGACCUAGAUGACUUAGCAAAUGAUGCAUGCGAAGGAGUACACCUCCUCAAGGAUAAUGGACUGAGAUCAAAAGACAUGGAUAAGGCAAUGGGGUAUCUGAGAUCUGGGAGAGAUAGCAUCCAUGAUAUCAAGGAUGAGUAUGUGUGGAAAUAUGGAAAGCAGAUCUUUAAAAAAGUCAAGAGAAAGUUAAAAGAAAGAGAUUCUUAAUGAAUCACUACAAAUAACCUUUUUCAAUUUCAAA